UGUAGGGGGAGCGCGUGCUUUCCUCCGUGCGGCUCGUGCGCUGUCCGCUGGCAGUUGGGCUCGCGCGGAGACACUGAGCGAUGUCAGUCAGAGAAUGAUCUGCUCGUAGACGUGGCUGUUUGAUCCUGGUGAAGUUCUGUAGCUCCUCUUUUCCUCCAUCCAUCGCCAGGCCUUGGACAGGAAUGGACCUCCAUCGGACGGCCUUCAAGAUGGAGAGCUCCUCCUACAUGCCGAGUCCUCUGGCGUCUCCCGCUCUAAUGGUCCUGGCCUCCACCGCUGAAGCUGGUAGAGAUGCCUCCGUCCCGUGCCAACCUCCACGACCCUUUGGGGUCCCCGUCACUUUGGAGAAAGACAUUCACCUCCCGUUCCCUGCCAGCUCCUACACAUUCACCUCCAUGUACCACCGCCAGGGAGGCUUUGCCCCUCGAGACUUUCCCACAUCCCUCCUUCACCUCCAUCCUCAGUUCGCCCCGGCUAAUCUGGACUGCUCUCCUCUGGGCGUCCUCUCUCACGGAGGUGUGGGCGCCUUCAGGCCCUUCUCUUCUCCGGUAGAGGAGCGAGAUGGUGGGGGUUACCAGUCAGCCUUUCUUCCAGCCAAGCGUCUGAAGGGCUGCCUGGAACCAGAAGCUUCUCCUCAUCUGCGGUACACGGACGCGGAGGGGAAGGAGUUUGACUUUGGGGUGGCCCGCAUCCCCUCGGGGUCUCCUAGUGCUCUGAAGGCAGCCGAGGAGGCUGGGAAGAAGCUGUUUGCGGUGUCCGGGCUGCUCGUGGACACAGAGGCCUCGUGUAGUCCUGAGGAACAGAAGGAGAGAUGUAAGGUGAAGUGUGUGUUUGAUGCCCAGACUCCCGUGUGUCCUGUCUGUCAGGCUGUUCUGCGGCCGGGGGAGCUGCAGGAGCACAUGGAGACGGAGAUUGAGCGACUCACGCAGCUACACCUGAGUCCGAGUCUGUCACAGAAGGAGUGUCUCUCCACUGGGCUUCUGAAGCCCCUCUUCUCUGCCCACAUUAAGCGAGAGGGGGGCUCCUCACCCCGUCCUGCUGACGAGGCCGUCCACUCAGACAGGUACCAGACGUUUCUGCGAGUGAGAGCCAACAGACAGACAAGACUGAGCGCCCGUAUGGGGAAGCUGAAGAGGAGGAAAGCAGAGGAAGAGCAGAGAGACAGUGUGUGUGUUGUGGAGAAUGGAUCUGUUGGAGGAGGGGGAGACGAGUACGAGUGGAGUGAACAGAAAAGAAUGCACAUGGUGUCCAUCCUGAGGGGCUUCAGAGGUUUGGUCAGCAGCACGGUGAAGGAGAAUCAGGACAGUGACGCAGACCUGGACGUGGACGGAGACGACACACUGAACUACGGCAAAGCACAAUACUCAGAGACAGACGUGAUCCCCAGCUCACGAGACGCAGAGGACAGGGCAGUGAAUGUGGACGCUGCCAGCAGGUUGUCUCCAGAACAUUGCAAGUGGUCAACUGCAGAAGCUCCAUCUACAAGCAAUGAAGAUCACAGUAAAGCUGAUGGCAGUGCCAGCGCCUCUCCACCCUGCAGGAGCUGCGAGCUAGAGAUGGUGUCUGAUGACUCACUCAACACCCUGGAAGCUCUGAAGACACGGAUUCGAGAUCUAGAGAAGCAGCUGACUCGAGGAGAUCGAAUCAAAUGUCUCAUCUGCAUGGACUCGUAUACGAUACCGCUGACGUCCAUCCAGUGCUGGCAUGUGCACUGUGAGGAGUGCUGGCUCCGCACACUGGGAGCGAAGAAGCUGUGUCCGCAGUGUAACACCAUCACCUCCCCGGGGGACCUGAGGCGGGUGUAUUUGUGACGGGGGGUCUCAGACAGACUGACCUGUUUGCACUUACGGAGCUCAUUCACACCCUCACAGCU